UGUGAUAUAUAUAAGACAGCAGCACAAGCGUGUGUCUCUAGUUCGCUUGCCAUUAUGUCUCUGAAAGGUUUGGUGACCAUCGUCUUCGCUGGAUGCUGGCUUCUGUGCAUGUUCUGUCUGACGACAGACGCAUAUGGACCGCUGAACCAUGCCUGCUGCGUCAAAUACACUCGCACGCCAGUGGAUUUCAAACUGAUCAAAGGUUUCGCAGAGCAGAGUUCCCGCGAGGUGUGCCGCAUCGAUGCCAUCAUAUUCCUUACAAAGCGUAACAAGAAAGUGUGCGCAAGUGCAGAGGACGAGUGGGUGCGGAACGUCCUAGCACGUCUGAGCACUCGAAUGAAAAAAAUGUCUCAUCAGCAGCAGCUUCCUAACCAGGUCAACCCUACCUUGGCUGGGAAUGCCACCCCAAGUGCAUGAACGUCUCUUCAAACCACUGUCUUCUUUCUUUAAACCGCAGUAUUUCAGACUUUUUUGUUUUAGAAGUUAAGCGCUCUUUUUAAUCCUUGUUAUAUACUGUCCAAAUAUAAUGCAAAUAAUCAACAAGCUGAUGCAACGAACUCUGUUUUCAAAUGAUUAUACCUAUAAAAUGUUGACCUUUUUCAAGUUUUUAUGCUCUAGCCAGGUUUUGUUGUCUUUAACAUCUGUAAAAAAUAGAUACUUGACAUUAUGUCAUUAAAUUACAGAAUAAAAUGAAUAUCUGAGACAAUUAUGUUUGGUGUAAUAUAAUCAUGUUGCAUAUACAGUAUAUUGUCCUUUAAUCCACUGACUGUAUCUUGAACCAAAUCCAAUGCCUUCACAAUAAAAACUGAUGAAGUCAGA